AAAGAAAUAAAAUCUGCCCCGCACCUGUAAUGAGACCCUCUAGACACCUGCAGGCAGGGUGUUGCAGUUCUUUUUUUUUUUUUUAAAUGCACAGAUAUCUCUGCCUACAACUAGGCAGGGCUUCAAAAAGGAAGUUAUUUACGGCGGGUUUCCUUUCAGUUUAUUUUCAUCUGUGAGUGGAGCUUCAGAGGAGAAGGGCUGAGAUCACUUGUUUCUGGAAGACAAAAUGAAUAAAACCAGUUGUCCUCAACCAGAUAAGAAAUUAUUUGAACAUACAAUACUGCCUACUCUUCACAUCUUGGUGUUUAUUGUUGGACUGAUUGCUAAUGGAUGGGGAUUGAACUCUUUGCGGAACAACUGGAGGAAACUGGGAAAUAUCAACAUCUUUGUCCUAAACCUUGGACUAGCAGACAUCUUGUAUCUGCUCACUCUCCCCUUUCUGAUCGUGUACCACCUUAAAGGAAACAAAUGGAUCUUUUUAGAAGAAUUCUGCUUGGUAACAAGAUUCUGCUUCAACCUGAAUCUGUACUGCAGCAUCGGGUUCCUCACCUGUAUAAGUGUGUACAGGUACCUGUCCAUUGUCCAUCCCAUGAGAACGAUGGGGAGAUUAACUACGGCUCACUCUGUGGUCAUCUCAAUCGUUGUUUGGAUUCUGGUUUGUGCUCAAAGUUCUCCAGACAUGUUCUACGAAAAAAUAUUUAUGAACGGAUCAAAAUGCUUUGACACCACCUCUUAUGAACAUUCUGAGAGUUACCUGGAUUACACCAUCGGAUGGACCUUCUUUGGAUUCUGCAUCCCUUUUGCCAUCAUUGUGGGCUGCUAUGGACAUGUGACUGUUGUUAUCUGCCGCUCAAAAAUGAUUGACAAGAAUGUGAAACAACAACUCUUAAAGCUUUUAGCUAUAUUGAUUCUUCUCUUCUUGCUUUGUUAUACACCCUACCAUGUCUUCAAGAACCUCAGCAUGUAUUCCAGAACUUUGAUUAGUAAGGGAACGUGCCCUGGUUGGGAUUCUGGAGUCUUUAUAAUGCGUCAAGCAAGUCGUGGUCUUGUGAGCCUGAACAGCGCUCUCAACCCGCUGGUUUACCUCCACGUUUAUGAAGACAUGGGUGCUCACCUCAAGCAGCAGCUGCAGGGAGGCCAACAGAUGUUCAGUCGAUUGUUUAAGUCAAAUUCCUGCUCUGCGCCGGUAGCACAGAGUGACCCAGAUGACUUGUGACAUUUUUCUUUUUCAUUCAAUAUAUUAAUUGAUAUUUCGUACAUUUCUGUAAAGUUUUUUACGCUUUGAUUUAUUUUUUCUUAUGUUGUCAGAUGCAAAGAAUUAAAGUAAUACAUUUAAAAUGAA